AACAGAAGUCUACAAACGUCCUAACCCACCCAACAUCAUGGCCAAGGAAAAUGUGGAAACUGGCCUUUCAUGGGAGGUGAGGGCAAACAGCCGCCACUACCACAAACACAAACAGAAGAAAUCCUUUUUGUGCUUCCGCUGGGGCCGAUACGCUGACAAUAAGGUGCGCAGCUUCAAGUACUCCCCCCUGACUUUUCUGCCCCUGACGCUGUUUGAACAGUUCCAGCGAGUGGCCAAUCUCUACUUCCUUCUCAUGAUGGUGUUGCAGGUCAGAUGA